UCUACUUUUACCCCUAAAGGAAAAGAAAAAGAUAAAACAAAUUUCAUCCCUUGCAAGCUUCCAAACAAAGAGAAUUAAUAGAAAGUGAGAUUCGCAGGUAGCUAGUAUUAUUCUCCUUCUUGUCUCUUAGAUGUUUUGUCUAGGAUAAACUACAUCAGGCACAUAUUUAUUAUAACAACAAAAUUUUAGUACAAAGUUUUGCUUCUUCUGGUCAAUGGGUAUCUCCAUCUACAUAUCCAUCUCCAUAAUUCCAAGAAAACAUGUUUUUUCUUCCCAAAAGUACCACUAAAAUAGAUCUCUCCUCUUUUGUCGAUGGCUUACAUUAAGGCGAUCAGGGUAAUUUUCGGCGACAUCUCCUUCUUCUCAGGUUUUUGUGAUUACUUUUGGGAGAUUUCAGUAUGACCAUGAUUAAUCGUUGUGGAAACAUUUCUAGACAGAAUCUUGGAAGAAGUACUAGUGUUUAUGGUUUCGAGUUGGGUGAUUACAGUAAUUUUAGUGUUAUGAGCCGAUUAGCUUCAGAAGGAUAUGAUGAUGAAUACUAUAGUCAACGAAAUGAUUUGUGUUUAUUAGGAUCUGAUCUAGCACUGAUUGAAGUAAUGGCUGAAGAUGAAUCAAGAACCGGAAGUAUUAAUGAAACCGGCUCAAGUUCCAAAGAUAACAAUGAAACUAACAACAAGAAGGAGGAGGUGGAGGAGGAGGAGGAAAAAGGGUGGCUUCAGUUGAGUAUUGGUGGGCAUACGUAUAUGCCCACUGAUAAUACGCCAGAAGGGAAUUUAGGAAGAACAUCAGCAGGCGGAGGCGGACUAGUGGAACUUGAUCUAUUACCAACAGUUAGUUCUGAACAUGGGAAAUCCAUAUUAGCUAGUGAUUCACCAAAAGUACAUAUACAUGAAUUUCGAGCACCGCCACCUCCAAGACAACAGUUUAUGACGACCAGUAGUACUACUAGUACUAUGUCGUCUUUGUUUUUACAACAAUAUCCAGGGAUGGCAGGAACAAGUUCUACGACAAUGUUCCCACAACAACAUCAACAUGAGUUUAUUAACUGGGGUUUUAGACCUAUGCCGGCGCCAAUCCAACAGAAUAUGAAUCUGUCUCUAGUGUCCUCCGGCUCACAUUUUGGUCCUGGACCAUUCCCAGUACUUGGGGGCGUUCCAGGAUCAAGUUCUAUAGAUUUCAGGGUCAUUCAUCCGCCUCGAAGACCACAUUCUGGGCUAUGGUUUUCGCUACAACCAUCUUCAAACCAAACAAAAGAACCCUUUUUGCCACAAAUAUCCAAGAGCUACCUUAGGAUCAAAGAUGGGAGGAUGACAAUUCGACUAGUCUUGAAGUAUUUGGUCAAUAAGCUGCAAUUGGAAAACGAAUCAGAGAUAGAGAUAACAUGUAGAGGCCAACAGCUCCAGCCCUUCUUGACGUUGCAACAUGUAAGAGAUCAUAUAUGGAGUACUAUUAAUGCAGCUGACAAUAUCCUCAAUUCGCUUCCUUCAGAAGCUACUAAUCAUAUCAUGGUUCUACAUUAUGCUAGAAGAAGUGCUCCUCAAAAUUAACUGCCAGAAUUACCUCACAUUUUUAGAACAGGUUUGAGUAAAAUAGCAAUGAUUCAAAACACUUCUUUUUACAUGAUUUCGGAUAUUCAAGGACUCGAUGGUAUGAGUAUGUAAAUUACAGGAUUUCCAAUCUUAAUGAGAAAGGGAGGAAAACAUGAAAGAGAAAUAGGGUUCUGACUGCAAAACGAACUCUAUCUCGAGGAAGUCGGCGACGAGAAUUUCUAAUAGUCACAAAAGAGUACUUAAUUAUUUCAUUUUUUUUUGUCAUGGUAUUAUUGUUAAACUAUUGUUACUCCAUCCUCUUUCCUUUCCCUUCCUUGCUCAUCUUAUUGAUUGCUCUUUGGCUAGUGCUUGUUAAUUAUCUCUGUCAUCAACAAAGAUUAGUUCUUUUUC